AUGGAUUCUCCCUCACAGCUAUUCACUCCCGACAAUUUUUCGCGUACGGAAGUCCAAGACAUGCUAGACGACGCACAAAUGGACUCUGGACAUCUAUACACGAACGUUCCGUUCUUGAGAGACCAGCUCCAGCAACUCCUUUGGGAAGGCAUUGAAGAGUGCAACAGCCGCGAUGUUGACCCCAUGGUAGUACUACAUCGCACACUGUGCAAUGAGCGGACUAUCCUGGAUGCAUAUAAUAAGCAUCGAUUGGGAAAUGCUGUGACUUCCUUCAAUGUGCAGGUUCUUGAUCCAGAGACCGCGGUAGAAUACAUUGCAAAAGAUAACAUCCCUGAGGUGCUUGGAUUUUUUCCACUGAGAGCCAUAGUAGCGAAGCACGAUAUAGACAUCCAGGCACAGCCCAUCUAUCAAGUUGGACAGACCAUGGAAGCUGACCAGGAACAAAUGAUGGAGCGCAGCUCACCAGAGAGGUUAACACUGCCCAAUUACACACCGCAUAAGCCGGAUACCAGCGAUUCACAAAGCACAUGGACACCAUCCACGUCCUCGGCAGCGCUCAACUACAACAAGCUCCGAGACGCGCCAUCUCCUUGGCUCCCAUUCCCCUCCGGCAACCUGACCAUGGCAGAAGUUACCGCCUUCUUACCUCAAUCCAUCAAGUCCUUCGACAUAAUCAACCGCUUCAUCUCCAACGGCGCCCUUGCCAUGACCCUGGCCAGUAUGAUCAACCACUACCGCGCCAUGCCCAUCGGCCCCAUCGAAAACAACACAAUCUACCGGAUGAUGAAAGGCCAGAUGAACAUCCACGCAAAGACCAACCCAGCCUACAAGGGCUGGACCGUCACCAAACACGCCGACAUCAUAAAACCCUCCACCUUCAACCACUCCAGCGUCAGCGUAUCGAACUUCCACACCCCAGAGAGUAUGAUGUCGUCGCCACAAUCUCCCAAGACAAUCCUGUUCCGCGACUUAGCCAACGGCGUCAAGGUGAUGCCCUCUGGCCCCGACGCCCUGGAUCUAACACGCUGCAUCCAGUACUGUCUCGAGCACGACAACGAAGACUGGUACUACCCGACCGACUUCGCAUCCCUCGUCCAGAACCUAGGUGGCGCGGCUCCCGUACACAGCGAACACGCCGACGCCGCGGCCAUCACUCGUCAUUCUGCGGGACUGAAGCUGACAAAGGUGCGACGUGCGCCGCCUGGACGUGGUAGUCGUGUUCGCACGGUUAAGAAUACGAAAGCUGUAGUUGAGGAGUCUGAAGAGGACGAGUUGGAAUCCGCUUCCUCUUCUCCCUUAUCCUCGCUAUCGUUCUCCGCCGCUGAUGACGACGAAGAAGAUGCAGAUAGCGACGCUAUCGCCGUCACUCCUACCCCCACAAAACGCAAGAACCCCGCUUCGUCCUCUGAUGCAUCGUUGCCAUCAGCGAAGCGCUAUAGGAAAACUCCUACGCGCUCGUCUACCCGCAAGCCGGUAGAGUCAGAGGAGGAUGGGAGCGAUAGCGAUGUGUACUUUGGACUGAAAGACGAUUGA